UUUCUCCCAGAUGAGAGUAACGCUAAUACAAAACUAACUUCAUCAUCGUCAACAUUUCUCUGCUGCGGAGGCGCGUUGUUGCUACACGGUGACUGACAAACGUUGAGGCUGAACAUGAAGAGGACCAGAGGCGGUGGUGAUGAGGAAGCUCCCCGGCAGAAUGGUUCUGCUGGCCGAAGGAAAGGAAACCAACCGCAGGCGGACGGGGACGACGGAGACUGUGGCAUCGGCCCACCUGACCUGCGAGACGAGGACAAUGACCCGGGACUCAGGAGAGAAAUACGGAGCAAGUACAGGGACCUCAUCAAUUCAGUGACGCAGAAUAGGGAAGAUAUGCUGAGCCCCUCCAACAACAAGCUCACAGAAGUUUUACAAGAGGCAGUCAAACUUUUUAAAGAUGUCCGGCAGCCGAGAGAAGCCGCUCUGGAUGCCCACCUCCUGGUUGUGGCCACAGACCUGGGAAAUGAGAAAGCCAGCCAGCUGUUCACUGAGGGCACUACUUUCGAUCCCACUGCUUUUUCUGAGCAUCUUCUGUCCUUCAUGGGUCUCAACCGACUAGAAGACGAUGAGGACGAGCAGCAGAACGGCAGCGCAGUCGAUGGCUACCUGCCCCAGGAUGCUUGGCACCGAGUGGCCAGGAGAGCAGAGGGCUGUUUCAGGACGGCCCCCUCCUUCCAUUACAUGAUGGGUUCAUUCCACGCAGAGCCGCCGCCUCCAAAGCAAAGGAUAGAACGGCAACGGAAGGCACCUAGCAAGGAAGCCAAAAGGAUCAUGCCCACUCAGCUGAAGAAAAUGGAAGACUCCCACCAAGAGGCGACAGAGAAAGAGGUGGAAAGGAUCCUGGGAUACCUGAAGAGUUAUUACCAGGAUGAUCCGACAUCCCCGAUCUCGUACUACGAGUUUGUCAUCGACCCCAAGUCAUUUUCCCGGACAGUAGAGAACAUUUUCCACAUGUCCUUUCUCAUCAGGGACGGGUUGGCACGGAUGUAUUUGGAUAAUGACAAAUUGCCUUGCAUAGCGCCUGUAGAGGAGGGAGAGGUGGAUGCUGGAGGAUCCUACAGCCGUAAACAGUGCAUCGUCUCUAUCAGCCCUAAGAUAUGGAAGGAGCUCAUUGAUGCCUUCGAUAUCAGAGACACAAUGAUUCAGCCUCCAAACACGCAGAAUGAGUGAUGGACCCGGCUACUUUUUGUUAGCUGAAACCCAACGUUGUUUUUAGGUGUGUUGCUGUUUGCUUGUUUUUUAAACAUUUCUAAUUAAUAAAAACAAAGUGUUAGAAAUUUGCAAAUGCCAAAUUCCAGUAUAUACCACUCUUGUAAACACAUGUCAUAGUGUGAGAUCCUAAUUACUCAGUUGCACAUUUUGUUUUUAUAUUUGCUUUUUACUGUUUUUAGAAGUUAAAAUAAUAAAAGAAAUUGAA